UGGCAGCAGACGUCACGUCCUCCGUGGUAGUUUCAGUUUGAACCGACGCUAUAAGUUGGAGGCAGAGGUCUGACGUUCCCGUCGUCUGGGUUCAUGGCUGCUAACGGCGGAGGGGAGGAUAUCACGGAGGGCGAGGAGCUGUGGGGCGCCAAAGAUGUGUUUGAUGAUCCCAUCUUGGAGCAAAUCUUAAAGCAAGGAGCGGUGAUCCUAAGAGGAUAUGUGAUUGAAAGCAUUAAAUUCGAAGACCCUGGUUUACGUGUGUCGUGUGAGGAUCUGGGAGGAAGCCCAAACGAACAGGAAGAUCCACAAAUCAAAGAAGUGGUGAAGAUGCUGCUGAAGAGAACAGAAGACUUAAGGAAAAAGGAAGAGCUCCAGAGAUUGAUCAACCAGACUGGAGGCCAUGCACGGCACAUCUUCAUGAAAGUUGCCAGGAAAGUCAUAGAUGAUGAGAUACACUGGGGUCGAGUGGUGAGUCUCUUAAACCUGGCCUCCAAAUUCAUACACAAGGCACUGACCACCAACGAUGAAGAGACCAUGAGAUUGGUAAUCAACUGGACACUGCAAGUUAUCAAAGAACGUCUUUGUUUCUGGCUGGUACAGCAGGGAGGCUGGAAGGGUGUUAUCAUGAGAUCUUUACAAUGGAAAAAGGUGACCAUUGCAGCUUCAAUAGUAUUGGUUGCAGCCUUUGUUUACUACUGGAAGACCAACUAACGCCAUCAGACUCAACUUCCAGAUUCUGGGCACGUGGAGCUUCUUACUGACUCUGAUCUUUGGAGCAUCAAUGAUCAUUGUAUUCCACCCUGUGUGUCUGUUUCUAAAGAGGAAAGGGCCUUUCUUUGAGAGUUAAAUUCUCCAGUUUUCUUCAACAAAAAGAAGAAUUCUGCUGUUUAAUUGUAAUGCCAUUUGUAGUGUGGGAGAGUUUAUCUCAGGUUUGUAACAGAACUUGAUCAGACCAGUUUUAUCAGUUUUAAAGGGAAACGCAGUGAGCCGUGGGAUGAGUCAGUGUUGAGAUAUUAGAAAUGUAAUGUAGAUCUACAUAAAAAGAGUUUCCUCCUAUUGUUAGAACUAAAAGCAGAUUUCUGUUCUAACAGCUUUGUCAACCUUGUUGAUUUAUCUUGUCUUACUGGAUUUAUCUGCUGCAUUUGAUACUGUAAGGACGCGAUUCUUGAGCAACCAACCUUACAUGUUACUUUCUAGGGAUGUGGGUAAGAACAGCACAGGGAGGCCUGCUUUCUUUUUCUAGGAAGAUAUCUAUAUUAUGCUUUGUUUACUGUACAAUAACACUUCCGGAACCAAACAACUUCCUUAUUUCUUCUACAUAUCCCUCCCCCAAACCAUAACCAUGCCAACCUCAUAGAAAUAAAAUGUACUUUAUAAAGAAAAAUAAAAUAUCAUCCAGUAGGGUAGCACUUGAGAUAAGUAUUUCUGGGGCAACUUUUUAUAAAUAAAAUGUACUUUACAAAGAAAAAUAAAAUCAAAUUUUACAAUAUUAUAAGCCACGCGUCAAAGUCGAGGCCCGGGGGCCGCAGGUAAUUAUAUCCAU